AAAAAACGUCAGAAGGAAAAAGCGUGUUGUCCUCAUCCUACCGCUGGGGAUUGGAACACUACCUAGUUUAGUCUAUUUGAUUCGACAACCCAACCUUCGGCCCGGUCAAUCAUGUUAGGAUUUUCCGAAUUCUUCGAGGCCCAAGCGUCCUCUCACAUGAUCUUGGUUGCGAUCGCUCUAAUUUCCUUCUUCUUCCUCUCAAAUCUCCUCCGUCGAAGGGAUGAUCAUCGGUUGAAGAAUCUUCCACAAGGAUCACUUGGGCUUCCGAUAAUCGGCGAGUCAUGGAGUUUCUUAAGGGCCAUAAAGAACAACCGAGGCGCUGAUUGGGUUAAUGAGAGGGUUGCCAAACAUGGCCCAGUAUUCAAGACAUCCAUUUUGGGGUCUUCCACCGUAGUGCUCACCGGUCAGGCGGGCAACAAGUUCGUACUCAGUACCGAUGAGGUGGCCCUAUCCAUGAAACAGCCGCCAUCAUCUGUAAGGAUUGUUGGAAAACAGAACAUCUUCGAGCUCAACGGAAACAGGUACAAAUUGGUGAAGGGUGCCAUGAUGAGGUUCCUUAAACCCGAAAGCCUACAAGAAUACAUAGGAAUUAUGGAUGAUUUGGUUAAAACCAAUCUUCUAAUGAAAAUUAAAGAAGAGGAAACCAUUAAGUUGGUACCUCUUCUAAAAGUGCUCACAUUCGAUGUUUCAUGUAGUCUACUAUUUGGGAUCCACGACAAGCCCACCAAAGAAGCCUUGUUUGAGGAUUUCGCCACAGCUCUCCGUGGGGUGUGGUCCAUUCCAGUGAAUUUCCCUGGGACCGUCUUCUGGCGGGCCCUUAGGGCACGGUCAAGGAUUGACAAGCGGCUAUUCCCAAUUAUAAGGAGGAGGAAGGAUUUGCUUGAGGAGGGUAUCGUUAGUUCCAGGAAUGAUGUGAUUUCUUACCUAAUUGCUUUGAGAGAUGAAAAUCAACAGCCCCUCACCGAAGAUGCAAUUAUGGACAACAUUGUCGCAUUGCUCAUGGCUAGCCAUGACACCACAACGUGCCUAGUGAGCUUGGUGGUGUGGAAGUUGGCUAGAGAUCCCAGGCUUCAGCAGAACAUCCUGCAAGAGCAUAUGGAAAUUCUGGGGGAGAGACGAGGAGCAGAAGAUAAGCUCACAUGCAGUGAAGCCCAAAAGAUGAAAUACACAUGGAGAGUUGCCCAAGAGAUGUUGCGAGUCAUUCCUAUUCUAUUUGCUAACUCUAGAAAGGCUCUUCAAGACAUUAACUUCGGAGGUUACGAUAUCCCCAAAGGAUGGCAGGUGAUAUGUAUGGCAAGUACCACCCACUUGGACGAAAACAUCUUCAACAAUUCGAUGGAGUUCGAUCCAUCUCGAUUUCAAAAUUCAUCAAAGCCUAUCCCUCCGUUCACUUUCAUUCCUUUCGGUGGUGGACCACGCAUGUGCAUCGGCAUUGAAUUCGGCAGGAUUGAAGCGCUUACCAUCAUUCACCAUAUGGUGACAAACUUUGAUUGGUUAUUGGUUAAUCCUGAUGAAACGAUUACAUAUCAACCAUUUCCAUAUCCAUCUAUGGGCCUUCCCAUCAAGGUUAAACCAAGGAACCCAUCACAGUAAGGUAGACUUGAGGUUUUUUUUUUUUUUUUUUCAGUGCUUAUCACACGGACUACUGCAUGUCUGUACUUCCGUAAACAUUAUCAUUUCGAAGUACUCCUGUUGUGUGCUAGAGACCAACAUAUUUUAUUGUAGACAGUUGUUUUUUUUUUUUUUUUUUCGUACCUACUUUUAUAGCUUUGAUAGUGCUUACGACGCGGACUACUGCAUGCCUGUAUUUCUGUAAAGAUUAUCAUUUUGAAGCACUCAUGUUGUGAGCUAGAGACCAACAUAUUUUAGGGUAGGAUU